AUGAGUAGUUCAGGAGAUCGUUUUACAGAUAUCGAACUGGAAAAUAAACGUUUACCAGCAUGUUUUGGUUAUCUUACUUGGAAAUUAGUAUCUCUUGAAGAUGCUAUGAAAGAAAUACAAGGUUUUUUAGAAGAAAUAAAUCGUUUUGUUAAAUUAGCUAAAAAAUAUUGUACAUAUCCAAAUGAUCAUAAUAUAACAAAAGAUGAAUCUGCUGCAAUUUAUAUUUAUACAAUGGAAAUGUCUCAUGACUCAAGUGUGUAUCGAAUUUUAAAUCAAACACUUCGUGCAGAAGAUCGAUCAAAAGUUCUUCCAUGGUUUGGAUAUUUGAAACUUUUAGAUUCUGCAACAUCAAAAUUACCGAAAUUUAGAGGAACUAUUUUUCGAGGAAUUAAUAAAGAUGUUACUAAGAGUUUUAAAAAAAAUCAAAAAAUUACUUGGUGGAGUAUAAGUUCAUGUUCAACAUCUGUUGAUGUUAUUUCUUCAUUUAUUAGUAAAUCUUCUUCAAGUACAUUAUUUCAUAUUAAAUGUUUAAAUGGAAAAUCAAUUUCAUCAUUUACAUGUUACCCAAAUGAAAAUGAAGUUAUCUUAAUGCCUGGAACAAUAUUCGAAGUUGUAUCUGAUCCAUUAAAUCAUCUUGGUGGAUUAAAUAUUAUUCAUUUAAAAGAAAUAAGUGAUGAUGAUGAACCAUCAAAUCCUAAUUCUUCUCAACUAAAUCAUUCCACAAUUAGUACAUCGGCUACAUCAUGGAAUCCAAUAACAAUAUUAUAUAAAAUGCUAAUUCAACCUCAAUCUCAAAUAAAAAAAGAAGAAACUCAAAUAAAAAAGAAUAAAUUUCAACAAUUUGCAAUUACUGUUGCUGGAGGAAAUGGAAAUGGACAGACACUAUGUCAACUCUAUUAUCCUGAAGGGAUCUUUAUUGAUAAUGAUAAAUCAAUCUAUAUUGCUGAUUCUUAUAAUCAUCGUAUUAUUCAAUGGAAAUUAAAUUCAGAUAGAGGUCAAAUCAUUGCAGGUGAAAAUGGUCAUGGAAAUCAAAAUAAUCAAGUGAGUUGUCCAAUGGAUAUAAUUUUUGACAAAGAAAAUAACUCUUUUAUUAUUUCUGAUCGUGGAAAAAAACGAGUAAUUCGAUAUUUUGAUAAAAAUCAAACAAAUCAACAAAUUAUUAUUGCAAAUAUUAAUUGUUAUGGUCUCACAAUCGAUAAAAAUGGAUUUCUUUAUGUUUCUGAUUGGGAGAAUAAUGAAGUAAGACGAUGGAAACAAGGAGAUAAAAGAGGUGAAUUAACUGCAGGUGGAAAUGGUCAAGGAAAUCAUCUUAAUCAACUAAAUAGACCUACGUUUAUCUUUAUUGAUGAAGAUUAUACUCUUUAUAUAUCAGAUUCUUUGAAUAAUCGUGUAAUGAAAUGGAAAAAAGAUGCAAAAGAGGGAAUUAUUGUCGCUGGCGGAAAUGGUCAAGGAAAUAGUCUCAAACAAUUGUCUUGUCCUCAAGGAGUGAUUGUUGAUCAUUUGGGUCAAAUUUAUGUAGCAGAUUGUGAGAAUCAUCGAGUAAUGCGUUGGUGUGAAAGAGACAAAGAAGGUGAAAUUGUUGUUGGUGGAAAUGGUGAAGGAAAUCAAUCAAAUCAAUUGUCUAAUCCCAUGGGUUUAUCAUUUGAUAAUGAUGAAAAUCUUUAUGUUGUUGAUUGUUACAAUCAUCGAAUCCAAAAGUUCGAGGAAAUUUGA